CCGCCCUCUUCCGGCCUGGUGGCGAGAGUCCCGCCGCGAGCAUGGCCGCCGCCUGUGUUCCGGUGGAGCUGGGCUUCGCCGAGGAGGCACCGGCCUGGAGGCUGCGCAGCGAGCAGUUUCCCAGCAAAGUGGGCGGCCGGCCGGCGUGGUUGGGCCUGGCGGAGCUGCCGGGGCCCGGGGCGCUGGCGUGCGCGCGCUGCGGCCGCCCGCUCGCCUUCCUGCUGCAGGUGUACGCGCCGCUGCCGGGCCGGGACGACGCCUUCCACCGCAGCCUCUUUCUCUUCUGCUGCCGCGAGCCGCCGUGCUGCGCCGGCCUGCGAGUUUUUCGUAAUCAGCUACCAAGGAAAAAUGCAUUUUACCCAUAUGAGCCCCCUUCUGAAACGGGAGCUUCGGACACAGACACAGAGUGUGUGUGCCUCCGGCUUAAGUCUGGAGCCCAUCUCUGUAGGGUUUGUGGUUGCCUGGCCCCUAUGACGUGCUCCAAGUGCAAACAGGCACGCUACUGCAGCAAGGAGCAUCAGACGUUAGACUGGCGGCUCGGACACAAGCAGGCCUGUGCACAGUCAGACCAUUUAGACCAUAUGGUUCCAGACCACAAGUUCCUGUUUCCAGAAUUUGAAAUUGUAACAGAAACAGAAGAUGAGAAUUUGCCUGAGGUUGUGGAAAUGGAGGAUUAUUCUGAAGUUAUAGGAAGCCUGGAGGGAAUACCUGAGGAAGAACUAGAUUCCAUGGCAAAGCACGAAUCCAAGGAAGAUCACAUAUUCCAAAAGUUUAAAUCCCAAAUAGCCCUUGAACCAGAGCAGAUUCUCAGGUAUGGAAGAGGUAUUAAACCCAUCUGGAUUUCUGGUGAAAACAUUCCUGAAGAAAAAGAUAUUCCAGAUUGCCCGUGUGGUGCCAAGAGAAUAUUUGAAUUCCAGGUCAUGCCUCAGCUGCUGAACCAUCUGAAGGCGGACAGACUGGGCCGAAGCAUAGACUGGGGCGUCCUGGCUGUCUUCACCUGUGCCGAGAGCUGUAGCCUGGGUGUUGGCUACACAGAAGAAUUUGUGUGGAAGCAGGACGUGAUAGACAUACCUUAAAAGAUGCUGCUCCAUUGCCAGUUUCAAGAUGACAUACAACUAAUGGGAUUCCAGUACAAGGCUGGGAACAAUGAUACUGAGUUUUAAUUCCAGCAUUCAGAAGGCAGAGACAGAAGAAUCUGAGUUUUGAGGCCAUAAAAAACGAAAUCAUAGUAUAAAGUAUGCAACCCUAUUGCGGACAGAAACAUAGGGCGGGCAAUGUUUAUACGGUAGGACUCCACUUGGUUUGGACUAUGAACACUCUAAGACUCUUACGUGCAUGCACAAUACACAUACAGCCCUAUCCAAACCCAGAAACCCAGGACCCACAAACCAGGACCAUACAGAUAUAUAUAUACAGGACACUUAAAAACAACGAAAUAAAUUUCUCCUUCCUUUGAUGAUCAUCAAACACAGAUAUUCAGUUAUGUCCAAGUACAAGGUGAGUGAGUGUAUUGGGGAAGGCUGAUUGAUUAAUCCUGACUGUUUUAGAUUCAAUAGGCAAACUGUGUCCUCUGAGUAAACCUUUAAGGAGAAUCCCCCAUUACCAUCUUAUACUCAUGCAGAGCUAGGCAUGUAUCAUCACCAAGAUCAGCUGCACCACAACUUCACAAUAGACACAUUAUAUAACCUGAAUCUGUUUGUCAAAUAGAAAACCAUACCCCUAAUAACCAGAUUCCUCUCUCCUUUAGCUCUAUAGUAUCCCAGGAAGGGGGGGGGGGGGGCGGCUUGAGUUCUUUCUCAUUCAUGUAGCACGCCCUCAUUCCUAACAGUGCAUUUCUUUCUGAUCUGUACUAAUACCUACAAAGGAAUUCUUAAGUUUGGAAUCUGGGUGGACCUUUAAUUCCUUGCGUAAAAAGCCAAGGAGCUCACAGGAGAACGCAUAAGGCCCCACAGAAGAAAUCUGCAGCUCUCAGGGCCAAUAUUAACUAAAGAUAUACAAAGGGGGAGGUGAGGGACUGAGAUCCACCGGUGAAGGCAAUUGGCUAACCCAGCAAGAUUAAGAUAGGGGACAGAGACCAACAGCCCGGUCAUGAAAAUUUCAAAAGUUUCCAAAGAAUUUACAAGUAACUAGAAUUGUGUAUUCCUUAAUGACUAUCAAGCUGUAAAGGACAAAAAGCCUGACUAGCCUUUUCCUGUCCUCCAGCUAUCAGUAGCUGUCCUGAGUUCUUCUGCCUUUUCUUUUUCAUUAAUAAAGCUUAUACACAUGUACAUGUGUGUGCGCACACACAAACGUCUUGUUUUCCUUUAUUAAAGGGAAUCUAUGAGGCACUGGUUUCCACAGUACAGGCUUACAGGUGCUAGAUGACCCUUGGACAAAUGCUUCCCACUGCAGGAAACAGGCUCUAUAUAUUUUCUCAACCUCGCCUUCUCUUUCAAUCGUUCAACAUCUAGGCACCCAGGCAGCUCUCCACCUAUACCUCACAAAUGUCUGCUCAUCUGUCAAUGCAGAUGUUCCCUAUGGAAAAAAGAGAGAGAAAAAAAACACCUUUCCUACUAGUGCACGUUUAAAAAAAAAAAAAGGGCUGGAGAGAUGGUUCAGCAGUUAAGAGCACCGAUUGCUCUUCCAGAGGUCCUGAGUUCAAUUCCCAGCAACCACAUGGUGGGUGGCACAACCAUCUGUAAUGGGAUCUGAUGCCCUCUUUCGGUGUGUCUAAAGACAGCUACAGUGUAUUCAUCGUACACAUCAUGAAAUAAAUAAAUAAACAAAUCUUUAAACAAAACAAAACAGGAAGCCUUUAACACACCCUAGGCAGUCAUCUUAGAAACUGGUGCUUCCUCCCUUGUACUUUUUUUCUUUUUAAGUUCCAAUGUUGUGGCUUGAACGACAAUGAACCCCAUAGGCUCAUAUAUUUGGAUGCUUAAGUCACUAGAGAAUAGAACUGUUUGAGAAAGAAUAAAGGAUUAAGAAUUGUGUGUGGUUUUGUUGUGUUGCUGAGGCAGACUUUGAAAUCACAAAAGUCCACUCCAGGAACAGCGUGUUCCUCUGUCUGCUGCCUUCUGAUCAGAGAGGAAGACAUUCUGUUACUGCUCUCGCACCAUGCCUAGCUGUGUCUGCCCGUGGUGACCUAAGGGAGCCCUCAAUGAUUAAACGCUUUCUUUUCUAAGAGUUGCUGCGGUUAUGAUGCUUCUUCACAACUACAGAACAGUAAUUAAGACACAUGAUGAUACAUUCAAGUCCUUGACCUUGCUAGGACCACACAGUCCUAAAGGCUGCGUAUUAGAAAGCCACUAGCGGCCACAGCACACAUGAUCUUUGUGAUGGUUUGUAUAUACUUGGGCCAGGGAGCGGCACUAUUAAGAGGUGUGGCCUUGUUGGAGCAGGGGUGCCACUGUGGGCAUGGGUUUCAUCCUCGCUGCCUGGAAGCCAAUCUUCCACUAGCAGCCUUCAGGUGAAGAUGUAGAACUCUCAGCUCCUCCUGCACUGGUCUGCCUGGAUGUUGCCAUGUUCCCACUUUGAUGUUAAUGGACUGAACCUCUGAACCUGUAAGCCAGCCCCAAAUACAUGCUGUCCUUUAUAA